GUCCCUGUCUCUCUCCCCGAUGGAAUCUCCUUAAAUUCCAGUGAAGUGCGCGGAGCGAGAGCUUGUUGGGAUCUGAACCUCCCAUCUCGCCAAUUGAAUGCUCCCUUGCUUCCUUCUUUCCCAUAAAUUUCGCUCCUUUCUUUAGUAUCUUUACGCAGCUACCGCUUCGCGAACCGGGAUUUCCCAUCCCUGUUCUUGUUCUUGAUCCCCAUCAGUCCGCGCGCACUCAAUUCAAGCAAAGCUUCCGAGCUCGUCCGCGGGUGUGAUGUUUUGACUGCGAAUCCGCAUCGGCUCUCGUGACCCGUGCCUCUUCUUGGCACGAACCCAUCAUGGGUCGUUCUCGCCUUCGCUUCUUUCCGCUCUCCGUCGUGCUCUGCCUUCCGCUUCUCGCCGUCGUCGCUGCUGCUAGCGCCGCUUCCACCUCGCCGGAGCGAGAGCGGGACAGGAUCGAGGAGUUGCCCGGGCAGCCCGGGAAUGCGGGCUUCGCUCAGUACUCCGGCUACGUGACGGUGAACCAGCAGGCCGGGAGAGCGCUGUUCUACUGGCUGGUCGAGUCGCCGGCGAGCCGCCGCCCGGAGUCGAGGCCCCUCGUGCUGUGGCUCAAUGGAGGCCCCGGUUGCUCCUCCGUCGCUUACGGAGCGGCUGAAGAGAUCGGACCUUUCAGGAUUAGGCUCGAUGGGAAGACUCUUUACUUGAAUCCUUAUGCUUGGAACAAUUUGGCGAAUGUGCUGUUUCUCGAGUCUCCAGCUGGUGUUGGGUUCUCGUACACCAACACGACAUCGGAUUUGUAUACUGCGGGCGAUCAGAGAACUGCUGAAGAUGCGUAUGCUUUUCUGGUCAACUGGUUCGAAAGAUUUCCGGAGUACAAGCACAGAGAUUUCUACAUUGCUGGGGAAAGUUAUGCAGGCCAUUACGUUCCACAGCUGUCUCAACUUGUUUAUGAAAAAAAUAAGGGAAUUCAGAAUCCAAUCAUCAAUUUCAAGGGAUUCCUGGUUGGGAAUGCUGUUACAGAUGAUUAUCAUGAUUACAUUGGCACUUUCGAAUACUGGUGGACCCAUGGCUUGAUUUCUGAUUCUACCUACCAUACCCUCCGAGCCGCUUGUCUGUAUGGAUCUUCGCUGCAUCCCUCGGCGGACUGCAUUAAGGCCCUUGAUGUCGCGUCAGUGGAGCGAGGAAAUAUUGAUCCUUACAGUAUUUUCACUAGACCUUGCAAUAAUACUUCGUCAUUACGGCACAACUUAAGGGGCCACUAUCCAUGGAUGUCCAGAGCAUACGAUCCCUGUACAGAGAGGUAUUCUGCGGUUUAUUUCAAUAGACCGGAAGUUCAGAAGGCACUUCAUGCAAAUGUGACCCGCAUACCAUAUGCAUGGGAAACAUGCAGCGAUAUUGUUGGGAAUUACUGGGCAGAUUCUCCACUUUCUAUGCUUCCUAUAUACCAAGAGCUUAUUGCAGCCGGUUUAAGGAUAUGGGUGUACAGUGGGGACACUGAUGCUGUUGUUCCUGUUACUGCAAGCCGAUACUCAAUUGAUGCCUUGAAGCUUGCCACUGUUAUCAAUUGGUACCCAUGGACCGACAAUGGAAAGGUCGGCGGGUGGAGCCAAGUUUACAAGGGGCUGACAUUUGUUACGGUGACUGGAGCAGGACACGAGGUUCCGCUCCAUCGACCACGACAAGCCUUCAUUCUUUUCAAAUCAUUCUUGGAGAAUAAGCCUAUGACAAGAUAGAAGCCAUUACUUUGGUGCAGUUCAGUGUGAAUAUCCGAGAAAAAUUACGGAAAAAUUCUUUCUAUUUACGAGGAUACAGAAUAAGAAAGAUGCACUCCCCUCGAGUGCCUAUUGAUUCUUGCCUCCUUUGUGGAGUCCUAUUCAAUUAUGUAUGCCAUUCAUUACAGAUUAUUGGUCAUUAGAAGAAAGAACAGUGCCAUGAUGAAAU